AUGAGCGGCAUGCGAUCACCAGCUCCUACGGAGGUUAUGGACAUCACCAACAUGCUCAAUAAGAAAGGUCAAAUGCAACAACUUACUUCCGGUCUCCUCGAUCACCAACAAUACCAACACGCCUUCGUUAAGCACGAACCUGGUAUGGAGCGAUCAGCCUCUCCUCACGGCUCUGAGCACUCGCAGUACUCCAACCCUCACAGUAUCGCCCGAGCCUACCCAUCGCCAUCCACGAUGCAAGCGCCGAUGCAUAUGCCGAACCCUAUGUCCGCCGCCAUGACAAUGCAAGGCUAUCCCGAGAUGCCCAACAUGGGAGGCAUGCCUCACAUGCACAUGCAACAGAUGCCUCAACAACCCCCGCCUCCUCCUCAGCAGCCCAUCAAGGCUUAUCCUUGCAGUACCUGUGGCAAGGGAUUCGCUCGACGCAGUGAUCUUGCUCGCCACGAGCGCAUUCACAGCGGAGUUCGACCCCAUGUUUGCGACUGGCCGCAAUGUGGAAAGCAAUUCAUUCAAAGAUCUGCCUUGACUGUGCACCAGCGCGUGCAUACCGGAGAGAAGCCUCACCACUGUGAGACUUGCGCAAAGCCCUUCAGCGACAGCAGCUCUCUUGCCCGACAUCGUAGGACUCAUUCUGGGAAGCGUCCCUAUAAAUGCCCCUACGCUGAUUGUCAGAAGACAUUCACUCGCCGCACCACCCUCACCCGCCAUCAGAACCACCACAGCGGGACUAUCGAGGAGGCUGCUGCUGCGACCGCUGCUGCUCUUGCUGCGUCAAAGUCGAAGGGCUUGUCACAGGCUCGGUCUGAAAGCGACCACAUGUCUAACCAUGGCUCGCCCUUGACGACCCCUUCUCCUAGUCAGCGAACUAUGUCUAUGUCGCCCAGUGUCGAUCUGUCUGGUAACAACAGCAUCCCUCGCCACCCUGGUGACUUCCAGUACCUGUCACAGAAUGGUUCUCUGCCCAUGCACAUGCGUGUUGGCAGCCCUACCUCCACCUCGUCUGGCGGUUUCAAUAUGAUGCGACCUACCUCGCAUCCCACUAGCUAUGGACCUCCUCCUACUCUGGAGCCUAACCUGGAUAACAGCCAGGGUACGCCCAGCAGCAAUGGUGGAAGCCCUCACAUGGCCAAUGUUGGCUGGCAGUCUCCCUCGCACAUGGCCUCGCCCUCGCAGCACAACGCCAGCUAUGUUUAUCCUGACCCUGCGGAUGCGUAUCCUGCCAACCAAGCCAUGAACCAAAUGUAUUACAGUGCCGCUACGCACAUGCGCCGACCCCAGAGCACUGAACCUGGACUGGUACACAUGGCUUAG